CAUUUAUUUUAAUUUACACACCUAACUGCAUUUAUCAAUGUGCACAUAUUUAUACACAUGAACGUUUCUCUGGUUGAAAUUGUCAACAUUGAACAGUCAACUUAGAAUACCGUAUCUUACAACCCUACUUCGAGAUUGCGUCAUAGCUACGUUUCCACCCAGGCACGCAAGCACGGGGAAGAUACGGCUUAAAGACUGCAUCUUUCUCUACCGUCACUGUUAGUAUCAGCAGUGUGUACCAGCUUUUCUGGUGAUGUAAUGUUACCCCUUUGGUGACUACUACGGAUGGCUGUGUGUGCCAGGCUCUGCGGAGUGGGUCAGUCGCGGAGGUGCAGGCGGCGACAGCGGCAUAAUCAACCCGACCAAGGAAGCGACUCCGAUAUGGACGAAGAGGAAGAGGAGCGGAUUGUGGGCAAAACAGUGAUCAGCAAUGGUUGCGGCCCAGAAAUCCUCUCCGCCGCAGCAGGGCCGAGUGUGGCCCAUAACGCGAUUGGUGAAUUUGGCAGUUCCAAUGUUAAGAGACUUUCGUAUGAGGCCGUUGUAAACACCGGGCCACCGAAUCCUCAGUCCCUAUUGCAUCUGCCACCGGAGCUUUUAGUGGAAAUAUUCUCCUCACUGCCGGGCACUGAGCUACCAACCCUGGCACUCGUCUGCAAGAAAUUCAGACAAAUCCUCAACACGGAAACCGUUUGGAGAAGGCGAUGCACAGAGGAAUUUGGCAUGAGGGAAGAUUUGCGCAAGAUGGAGGUGGUGGGUGUGUCCAGUCGGGAGCUUUAUGCCAAAUUGCUGCACCCAUAUAGGCACAUCCUGGGUCUCUGGCAGCCUGACAUAGGCCCAUAUGGAGGGCUGCUCAACGUAGAGGUUGACGGGUUGUUCAUCAUUGGCUGGAUGUACCUGCCCCCCCACGAUCCUCGGGUGGAGGACCCCAUGAGGCGACGGCCACUCUUCCGCAUCCACAUGUGGGAGAGCAACAGGGCCGUGGUGGAGUGCAUGUACGGACACAAAGGCCCUCACAAGGGAGACAUACAGAUUGGGAAAAAGGACGAGUUCUCGACUAAGUGCAACCAAACAGACCAUCACCGCAUGCCAGGGGGCAGGCAGGAGGAGUUCCGCACAUGGCUGGAGGAGGAGUGGGGGAGGACGCUGGAGGACAUCUUCCAUGAGCACAUGCAGGAGCUGAUCCUCAUGAAGUUCAUAUACACAAGUCAAUAUGAUAACUGUCUGACGUACCGACGGAUCUACCUCCCCCCACGGCUGCCCUCUGACCUGUUGCAGCCGGGUCUGUUCAAAGGCACCUAUGGCAGCCAUGGCCUAGAGAUCGUCAUGCUCAGCUUCCAUGGGUCUCGUUUCAGAGCCACCAAGCUUACCGGGGACCCGAAUGUCCCGGCAGGCCAGUUAACGCUCGAUGUGGACCUGAACCGGCCUGUGCGUCUGCCGGACCUGGAGCACCAGCGCAGCGUAGAGGAGCUGUCUCGCCUUGUGCUGGGGAUGCACGAGGAGGCGCAGCAGGAGCCACAGAGCCCGGACGUGGCCCCCCAGAGGGCCCCAAACGGGGAUGGGGCUGUAGCAGGUGAUGCUGGGGCAGAAAGUCUAGAGGCUGCUAUGGAUGCCCAGUCAGAGAGCCCUCGGCCUGGGCCCAGUAGCAGCAGCAGUGCUCCCUCUGAUGCCCAGCCGUUCAUUCUGCCUCUGGGAGUCAUGGCCCGCAACGAGGUAUACCCCCGUACCUGCAAAAUGUGCUUCUACGGAACGGGCCUGAUUGCUGGCCAUGGCUUCACGAGUCCAGAGCGCACGCCAGGCCUGUUUGUCCUAUUCGACGAGGACCGCUUUGGAUUCAUCUGGCUGGAGCUCAAGUCAUUCAGCCUGUACAGCCGCCUGACGGACAGGCUGGCCCACGCCUACGCUCCCAACAUGGAGCGCUUUGAGGCCAUGCUGCGCAACAUGCAGUCCUGGACAUCCUGAUAGGGCGGACCAACCCAAACAUCUCACCUGGAAAACCUCUGGGCCCCUGUUUGUAAAAGUUUAUCUCCCAUAGUUAUUUUCCUAUCAGGUCACGUGGUUAGGAAAAACUCUUGGCCCUAAUUAUCACUCUUAAGUAUGUGUAUCGUCCCCCUACACACAGGAAAGGCAUCUGCUGUAUGCACACACUGCUUCCCGAGCCCAAUAAGCUCCAGUCCGUCCCACACAGAAGCAACCUUUAACCCCCUUCUGGCUAGGCAUCAAAGUAUUAUAGCAAAAACUCCACCAGUCCACCAGAAAUGGGUGGAGCUACUACCAUAUCGCUUAUCUAAUCUUCCCCUGUCCUGCAUUGCCUCUGCUCACCCCUGUUAUCUCUGCUUCUGCGGUAUGUCCACAGGUCAAAAGCUUCCUGUUAUUUUUUAAACCAGAGAAAGGGAUUUAAUGAUGUUUCAUCCCCAGUCUGGAAUAGACUGUCUGUGCCUCCUUGAGUUGUAGCGUAUACACUUGUCUGUAUUGCAUAGAGCUAAGGGGAAAUUAAAGGGAUUUACUACUGCUCUACUAAA